ACAGCUGUAGAGUAUGAGCUCAUGCACUCGUGUACACUUUUUUCUUUGUCAAGCUCUACUGUCAGAGUUGCAGUCUGUAUUAUAGCUGUGGAUUGCUGCAGGAGGACUGACUCUGAAGGAAGAUGCUGUUGAAGAGUUCAGCGGGAUUUGUUCUGAUCUUGCUCUCUCAUUGCACUACAUUGGUGACCACCAAAGAGGCGGUGGUCUUGGCUAAUGCCCACCUUCUCUCUCAAAGAGAUUAUGGUAGACUGGCUAACAUCAAUGAUAAAGGCUAUCUAAGGGAUUGUUUUGAGAUUUUUCAGCGCUCCAGAGGAAAUUCCAGAGAUGGUCUUUACAUCAUCCAACCAAAGGAAGACCCAAUUGUUGUCUCUUGUAACAUGCAGGAUGGUGGCUGGACAGUAAUCCAGCAUAUUACAGCCAACAGUACUGUUGACUUUGAUAGGACGUGGCAGGAUUACAAAUACGGAUUUGGCUCUGUUCAUGACAACCACUGGUUAGGAAAUGAGUACAUGCAUCAGUUAACUGGUGGCUCUGUGCAAUAUGUACUUGGAAUUAAACUUGUAGACCUAAAUGCUGAAAUCAAGUGGGGACAGUACGAACCAUUCCGUAUUGAAGAUGAAGAAGCUCAAUACCGAAUCAGGGUCGGCCUAUACGAAGGCAAUGCUACUGAUGCUCUGACUCUGGACACAGAAGCUUACCUCCACGACAACCAGAAGUUUACCACCAAGGACAGAGACAAUGACAAUUACUUUCAGAAUUGUGCCAAACUAGAACACAAUGGUAUUCCUGGGGGAGGAUGGUGGUAUGACGCAUGUGCCGGGGCAAAUCUGAACCGUAGGAACGUGAUAUACUGGCAAAAGGACUGCAACAAGAAGCAUUUGUGCAAGUUUUCAUGGAUGAUGGUCAAACCCAUUGAACACAGCCCAUCAUAUGCAACUAACUCUUGUCCAUGUCAGAAGGAGGAACUGUAGGUGAGCCAUGUAUCCUUUGAAUGGAACAUGGGUUCUUUGUCAAGAGACUGAAGUAAAAUCACACUAAUUAAAUAAGUAAUUGUGAUGAAAAAUUUAGCCUCUACAAGGGCUUUGUGAUCGCAUAUUGUUCAGGACUGGACCUAAAACAUAUAGAUAUCUACCAAUCACAAAAAUGAGAAUAGAUGACCUCUAAGAAAAUAUUUACACUACCCAUUUUAUAGUAUUUUGGCCAUAAGAGCAGUUAGGUAUGAAAUCCAGGAGAAGAUGUCUUGUAGCAGAUACACAUGCAUACACAUGAAUUUUAGAAGGUUUUGCUCCAGGAUGAAUGUUCAUCAUUAACUGCACAUCUUCACAAAUUAUGCAGGAAAGAAAUGUCAAGGGAAGUACAUAUAUUUACAAAAUGCUUAUCAGAGACUAUCCUGUACCACAGGCUAGCAUAAAGCCUUUCCUUUUUACCUUCAGUGAAAGAUAUUUUAAUAUUUUUACUUGGUAGGAGCCUUAUCUCCAAUGGCUUCUUUUCUCAUUCACUGACUUUUUAUCUCUACUCUUUAAUGAUCCCAUAUCUACUGAAUUACUUAGCACAGUAUUUUUUUCCUUCUUAUUAGAGCACCCAGAGCUAAUGGCCUCAUCAGCUUUCCCAUUAAAAGCUACUAGUUCAAGGCCAAGUAAAGGGUACCAGCCCUCAGCUCCAAUUUUUCCUUCUGUUCCAUGAAGUACUAAAACUUUUAUUAUUUUUUUUUAAUACCAUUGUGAGAUAAGAACAGCGUUGGCUUUAGUUUACAUGUACUAGCUUCAAUUGUUUUGGUACUCAACCUUGAGCUUAUUUAAACAGUGCCUUUUUUCCUGGUUGUAACACAAAGAGAAAGCCUUUAAAUUUCAUGAUGAAUUCAUCUCUUUUAAAAUUGUAAAUAAAAGGAUUUCAGUUUUGGUAACCUUGAAAAGCUUGUUUACUUGUACAAAUGAUGGGGUUAUUUCACACAUUUCAAUAUAAUUGGAAUAGCUGAAUUACUACUUAAGAGUCUUCAUUCUUGUAUUGUUCAAAUUGCCAGGAUAAUAAUUAGAAUAUAUUGUAUUUUAUUGUAGAUUUUCAAUUGCAGAAACUCAGGCAACAGAUACUGGCAAAGUUCUGCUUCUUAAUUAAAAAAUGGAAUCUUGUCAUUUCCAUGAAAAUUAUUUUAGAGGCAAAUAAACUGUACUGUGUUUAGAGAA